CUUUCUAAUAAUAUUCUGAUAAAUUUUUUAUUAACCAAAAACAAAUGUUGAAAUAUUAAACAAAUAAUAAUUCAUACGGAAGUAAUACGAAAUACCGGGCCACCCUAAUGCGAUAAGAAUUUGAGUUCACUUAUGAACUAGUUCAGUUCCGAAAAAGUUGUUUAUACAAUUGAACCAGUGAACGGAGCGGUGGUCUUCCCGGAUAAUUUGCAACAAAACAAAACAAUCUUCAAAUAAAAUAGACCUACUAUGACAGAGCCCGCCGAAGAGACACCCGAUGCGGUUAUGGAAUCCCCCGUGUCACUGCCAAUCGCCUCCCAAUCUCUGGACUCGGCGGCCAUAGAAGAGUUCGACGAGGACAAGCCGCUCAAGGGAAAGAAGAAACCGAAGAAUCCCAAGGGUCGGCACUCAGAAUCCGAGCUGGGAUCCGAGCUUAAGAAGCUGGCCCAGCGCCGGAUCAACGUAGCCGGAGCUCCCAAAAUGCCACUCAACGGCUACGUGCGGUUCAUGAACGACCGGCGCGAGGAACUGCGUCGGGAGCAGCCGCAGCGCACUGCCCUGGAGCACACCAGGAUCAUCGGCGAGGAGUGGCACCAGCUGCCCGAGGAGCGCAAGGUGCCCUACAUGGAGGCAGCCGCCAAGGACAAGGCCAUAUACCAGGAGCAGCUCGAACUGUUUCUAAAGGAACACCCCGAAAUUGUGGCCAGGGAACUGGCCAAGGCCAAGAAGUCCACCAAACUGGAGAGUUCGCCCAAGGAGAAGACCCCAAAGGGUGAAACCAGCAUGGGAAAGGCGAAGAAGCCCAAGGCAAAGCCACUGAAGCGCCACAGCGAGGAUCCGGAUGACGUGCCGCUGGCCAAGGUGAAACGUGCCCAGACACCGCCGCCUCCAACACCUCCGGCUCCGGUUCAGCCCGCUCCCAGCAGCGUGGCACCUGCGCCACGACCCCUGCAGCCCGGCGAGAUUCCCAUCUACACCAACGAGUUCAUCGAACACAAUCGCAGCACGGAGAACGAGCUGAGGACUCUGCGCAAGGCCAAGACCGAUCUGGAGCAACAGAAUGCGGUUCUGGAACAGCAUGUGGACAACACGAAGGCCGGCUAUGCCAAGGUAAUGGGCGAGGUUAACGAGCUGAUGGAGGAGAACAGACGCCUGGAGACCUAUGUGCGGGGCUUGCGCCAGAAACUGGUGGCAGCCCUCGGUGGCCUCUCUCUGCCGGCCCUGGAGCCCAGUGGUCCCAGUGUGGGCAACAUUGACAAGUAUGUCCGGCACUUGGCCGGGCUCGUUAAUCAGCCGAACAACGUCACUCUAAUCAAAGCACGAGAAGCUCUACGCAAGGUGGACACCAGCAGUCUGCUAAAGCCUUAAAAUAAUCCCCUUUCAAGAUUAGAUCUUAGAUAUUUAUAGAAAUUCUAGAUUUAACCAUAUUUAUAUUAAAUUAAUUUAAGAAAAUAGGCCCAAGGAAAUCAUGUCCUUACUAGAUUAUAUAAGUUAUGGGUUCCAUGCUGAGAAAUAAAAUAAUAAUACA